CACACAUAACGUUAUAAUCCUUCCUUAUGAAUUCUUCAUAUGACGAGGAAGAGCCUCAAGAGGACCCUUAUUGCGUUGGCUGCCAUCGUCUAAUUGAAGAAGGGUCCGUCGUUCAAUUUGGAGAAGGCAUUUGGCAUUUUGAAUGCUUCCGUUGUGCAAAAUGUCAUGCCCAAGUUGAAUGCGACUCCAACCUCUUACUACUCUUUGACGGCAGUCCUGUAUGCGAAAACUGUUCUUACAACUGUCAUGUAUGCCACCAGACCAUUCGUGAUGAAGCCAUCAUGACUGGCGAAGAGGCUUAUCAUGCUGAUUGUUUCCGCUGCGUACAAUGCGGUAACAAGAUUGAAGACCUGGUGUUCACUCAGACCAGCAAGGGUAUUUUCUGUACAGCUUGUCAUGAAAUACGCAAACAACUCAAAUUGAAACGAAAGGAAGACAAGUCUCGCAAAACCACUUCGGCGGAAUAUGCAAUGAACAAACAAUUGCCACAGAUUCCCAACCCCCCUUCGCACUCAUCGAAUCGACCUGUUCCAAUUACCCAGCUUCUGGACUCACAAUUAAUUAAUGAUUAUCUACAGUCACCGAGCCCUGAUCGACGGGACUAUAACGGCCGAAGAGGAGAAUCUAUGGACGUUCCAAACAGAAGCGAUUUGAACGUAGUACGAGAAGGCGGGCGUAAUCGAAGUGAAUCGGUGGAUCAGCUUUCGCAAAGACCUAAGCUUGGCUUCCUUGACAGACCAGAAGACCUUGCUGCCUCACGCCAAGCCUCGGCAAGCUCCAUCCUAAACUCAUAUUCCGACGCAUCUAAAGGGGUCACUACCUCUAAGAUUAGGUCCCGUAUGUCGCUAGAGUCACAACGAUUAUCUGAGCUCAACACAUUGCUGGACAACCCUAAUGGGAACGAUGAAUCACCGCCCUCGUCUUCACCGCCUACUUCGUUUUAUCAUUCUUUAGAGGACGAUACGUUAGAGCAACUAACGCUGGAUGGAACGAAGCAUGAUGAAGCUUAUGUUGAAAACCUUAAAAAACAGUUACGAGCCACCUUGACUCGCUUACGAGAAGUGGAGACCAACUUUUCAAAAAUCAAGUCCGUCAGCCGAAAUGCCUUGAAUGAAUUCAACUUGGCUAAGGAGGAGUUUGCAUAUGAAGUGUCGGCUAGGCAAUCCGCCGAAGAAUCCUCUAGAAAAGCCAUGGCUCAACUUAAAGCUUUGCAGGAUGCCGAUGCCAAUGGCAAGACUGAAUAUGUUCGGGUUUCUAGAGAGGAAAUCAGUAACUUGGGUUUGACUCGCAAUGAAUUGGAUAUUACUUGCAAGCAAUUGCGCACUGUCAGGGAGUCUCUGUCUCGAGAAAUUUCAGAGCUUUCAGAAAAAUAUCAAACAGGUCUUUCCAGCUACAUCAGCCCUUCCGUACACCUCGAACACCACCAACAAGCAUUACAACAGGAAAUUAAAUCGCUUCAGCUGGAAAGAGAGAUGGUCAAGAAUGACAUUGAAAAACACACGAAAUUGAGGGAUGAGGUUAUUCAUGAAACCGUCAUGCUGAACCUCAAGAUGGCCGAAUUGACCGACUUGAACAACGACUUAUCUCGGAGAGUGACGGAGCGAGAACGUGAAGCUGCUGCGGUCAUGGCUGGAACGGCAUUCCUCAACCCCACGCUAUCUCCACCUUCCAAGCAUAACCCUCACCAUCAGCAUCAAGACAGUUUGACGUCCAACCGAUCAUCGAAUGAACUUGCCACUAAUCAGACUACGGUUAAAAAGGUCGCACAACGAGAUAGUUUCAAUGGCACACAAGCACCUCGCAAAUUCAACUUUCGAAAAAACAAGGGAGGCAAUCGAUUUGGCAAACUCGGUAAUACUACUGCGGGCAGUCAUCCAAAAGGCCGUUCACCUCCUCUGAUGAAUGGCGAGCCUUCCUCGUAUGGCAGCGACAACAAUACACUUAUGGGCCCACCCAUGCCAACCCCUUCCAUCUCGGAAUCGUCCGGUAUUCGACGAGACAAGCGUACCAUGGGAUCCCCUCCGCCCAAUAGCGAGUCUUCUGUUCAGCUCUUUACCCAAUAUCAAGGACAGCAUGAACUUGUUCAAGCGUCUUUCCUACGACCGGUCAAGUGCGAAAUUUGCGGAGAUAAGAUUUGGGGACGAAAUGAACUCAAGUGUCAAGCUUGUGGAUCCAUUAUUCAUCAGAAAUGUUUGCCUCAUCUUCCCAACAAAUGCAAUCGCAAACUUUUCUCGGAGCAACAAGGAAGUGAUGCGAGCGAUAAGGCACAAUCCAUGUUUGGCAAUGAGCUUGCUAACCAAGUUCGAUCCGAUGGUGGGUCGCUCCCCCUUCUGGUUAAACAAUGUGUGGAAGCAGUUGAAAAGCGUGGACUGGAUUUCGAAGGCAUUUAUCGUAAAUCAGGUGGUGCUAGCCAGAUGAGAUUCAUCCAACAGGCUUUUGACCAAGGCGAUGCUAUCGAUCUGACCGACGAUGAUCAAUUCAAUGAUAUAUGCGCCAUUACCAGUGUCUUGAAGACGUAUUUCCGCGAGCUACCUAAUCCACUUCUUACCUAUGAACUUCACAACAAGUUCAUUGACGCUAUCACUAAUAAGGCUCGGGAUGAUCAAAUCCAAACCUUUUAUCAACUCGUCCAACAACUUCCUGCUGAAAAUUACAAUACUCUCAAGUAUUUGAUGCUUCACUUGGAUAAAGUGCGACAAAAUAGUGCGGAUAACCUCAUGACGAAUGCCGUCAUCGAAUUCAUUCUCAACCAUAUGUAUGUACUGUUUAACCGAUCAUCGCUUGAAGAAGAACCGCCAAAGACUUCUAGCCCUGCCGUCUCUACUGCCUCCGUAGAAGGCCAUCGUCGGGCAGCCUCAUCCGAUGAUCGAAGACGUGCUAUCGUCCCUCCAGCUAUUCCUCCACGAGCUGGUGGUGAUUACAUAUAAAUCAUUUAUAGCUAACUAUUUUGUGCUCAAUAUUCCCCCCUUCCCUUCACGUAUACAUUUUCAUCUCAUGUAACGCUUUCCUUUCCUUCAUUACUCUGUUCCACCUUCGCCCCCAGGUCCUUUCGCUGGUCGGAAGUACCCGACACCAUCCAUAUGGUAA